UCAAAGAAGUAGUUUUGUGAAUAUUUCACUGUUCAGUGCUUUCUCAUGUCCUGCUAGCUGAGUACUACUGUUCUUCAACUCUAUACCGACUGUAGUUUCUCUGUUUAGUUUUGGUUUGGCUACAUUCACGUUUUGUGGAUCCCGUUGUACCAUCAAACAUGAAAGUCAAAAGAGUGAAGCAAGCAAAGCGUAUUAUCGCUUUUUAUCAGCAGAAUUUUGGCCUGCGGCAGCCCUACCAAGUUCUCAUUGAUGGCAGCUUUGCAUAUGCUGCACUGAAGGCAAAGAUCAACAUUAUUGAGCAGCUGCCGAAAUACCUUGGUGGAGAGGUUCAAUGCUUGACAACGCGCUGUGCAGGCAUUGAACUACGUUUAUUGGGCUCAGCCGGAAAUGGUGCACUGCAGAUCAUCAAGCAGUACGACGAGCGUCGCUGUGGUCAUACAGUUGCCAAGGCCCAGCCUACGCCGGACUGCAUUACAUCGCUCAUAGGAGAAGAGAAUCGCCAUCAUUACAUAGUUGCAACACAGGACAUGGACCUCCGGAAACGGUUACGGCAAAUUGCAGGUGUACCUCUUUUACUGAUUACCCACAACACCAUCAUGUUGGAGAAACCAGCGGAAGCCUCCAUGCACGCAGCAGAUCGGGUCGUGGAGUCCAAGCUGGCAGGGUCCGUCGCGGAGCAGCAGUUUGUCCGGCGCUUGAAAGCAGGUGAAGAACCGGCAGCAAGUGGAACCACUAUGAAGAGAAAGCACCGGAAAGGUCCUAACCCGAUGUCCUGCUUGAAGAAGAAACCCAGACUGACAACCAUGACAGAGGCCGGUCGGGCGUCUUCGAAAGCACCAUUAGAGAAGAAGAAACGAGUUCGGCGGCGACGGAAGGGAGUAGAACAAGCGACGCCCAGUGGUGCUAGCGAUUAGGAUCUUCACUUGAGUUUUUAUUUUAUUAGUUUUGCUAUGGCAUGUUGAUUUGUGGUGAAAGAAGUAUCAGUGCUGGUAACAAUAUUUCAAUCAUUCUUUAAAAGCUUGAUGCUCGAUCAGAACAGUG